AUGGUGGAUGUAGAUGACAUGCUAGUCAUUGGUAUCUACCUAUAUCUAAUUGAAGAGACAAAGAAAGCACAACAACAGGCAUUCAAAAUGAAAGACUUGGGAGAGUUGAAGUACUUUCUAGGAAUAGAGUUUGUCAGAUCUGCAGAUGGGAUUCUUAUGCAUCAGAGAAAAUAUGCUUUGGAGAUUAUAUCUGAACUUGGACUUGGAGCAACAAAGCCGGUAGAUACUCCACUAGAAGUGAAUGCAAAGUUGACUGCCAAAGAGUAUGAUAAUUAUCUUGGUACUUUAAAUGAUGUUGUGGAUGAACUACUACCAGAUCCAAGUGCAGCUCGUUGGUGUCUUGGAAGUUUAAGAAGCAGACAACGGUAUUCUGCUGAAGCAGAAUACGGGAGUUUGGCAGCCAUAGUUGCUGAAUUGGUUUGGCUAGUGUGGUUGAUAAAGGAGAUAGGAGUCGAGGUUCAGUUGCUUAUGAACAUUUAUUGUGACAGCAAGGGAGCAAUACAGACUGCAGCAAAUCCAGUAUUUCAUGAACGAUCAAAACAUAUUGAUAUAGAUUGUCAUUUCAUAAGGGAGAAGAUAUUGGAAGGACUAGUUUCAACCAUGUAUGUUGGGACAAGAGAACAAUAG